UCUCAUUUAUUUUGUUGUUAUCCAAUCCAUCGUCGUUUCAGAUCAAAGAAUAAGAAAGUAAAGAGAAUGGCAGCGAUCUCCGGCGCGACUAUGGGGGUCUCAAAAGCGGUGGCUGACUCGCCGAAUCUCGAAUCGCCGGUCCUUCGAUCCGCCCGGCUCAACUACCCAUGGAAGAGGUGGAGUGCAGUUCGGUUGCGCGCCGUUGGACCGGUGUCUGCCGCACCGGACCGGAUAUCGGAGAAGGUGGUGGAGAGUAUAAAGAACGCGGAGGAGACGUGCUCGGAGGAUCCGGCGAGCGGCGAGUGCGCGGCGGCGUGGGAUGAGGUGGAGGAGCUAAGUGCGGCCGCUAGCCACGCACGUGACCGCCUCAAGGAUUCGGAUCCGUUGGAGGAUUUUUGUAAGGAUAAUCCGGAGACGGAGGAGUGUCGCACGUAUGAGGACUGAGUAAUUUCUUUAUAUUCCGAAUUUAUUUAAUUUUUUUUUUUUUUUUUUUAAUUUUAUUUAAGGUAGGAAUGGAUCUGGUUUGUGUUGGUUAUGUGAAAUGAAAAUUACUAGAAAAUAUUGAAAAUAUGAAUCUGGUGACGAGCAUAAAUUCUCAUAGCUUUGUUAUUUGAGUA